GCUCAAUUGGAUUCAUUGGAAUAGACUUGGAAGGAAAAGGAACUGGAAUGCUCACCAUCUUGCCCUGCUUGUUGGCGGCCAUGUUGGCUGGAAAGUGCGCACGAAUGCGACUUUAGGAUAGGACAAAAAAAUGUGUGAGAUCAAAUCAAUAGAGAUGAACUCCCGUUGUAUCUUCACUUCAACGCCUGCACACUCCGUGAGAGAUCUGCCAGGCAAAUAGGUCCGAGACCGACAACUGCGACUCGCUGGUUUGGGUCUUGCGGGUGUCGGAGCUCGUGACUCUAACCGCGCGGCUGAGCGGCUAACCGCCAGCCGAUAGUGCCAAGACGCUAAGGGCUCUCGCUUCCCACAUUCACCCACAGUCGAACUUGCACACAACUUUCCCCGAUCGACCGAUUCUUUGAGAUUCUUCAACACACCGAGUCGACCAGUCCACGCCAAAGUAGUCGCCAUGUCGGACGGAAAGGACAAGAGCGCCAACCCCAUGCGCGAGCUGCGCGUUCAGAAGCUCGUGCUCAACAUCUCUGUCGGCGAGUCUGGUGACAGACUUACCCGUGCUGCUAAGGUGCUCGAGCAGCUGAGCGGUCAGACUCCUGUUUACAGCAAGGCCCGCUACACUGUCCGUACCUUCGGUAUCCGCCGUAACGAAAAGAUCUCCGUCCACGUCACCGUCCGUGGUCCCAAGGCCGAGGAGAUCCUCGAGCGUGGCCUCAAGGUCAAGGAAUACGAGCUCCGCAAGCGCAACUUCUCCGAGACCGGCAACUUUGGCUUCGGUAUCAGCGAGCACAUUGAUCUCGGUAUCAAGUACGACCCCAACAUCGGUAUCUACGGCAUGGACUUUUACUGCUGCAUGACCCGCCCUGGUGAGCGUGUCGCCAAGCGCCGCCGCUGCAAGGCCCGCGUCGGUUCCAGCCACCGCAUCACCCAGACUGAGACCGUCAGGUGGUUCAAGCAGCGCUUCGACGGCAUCGUCCGGUAAAUUAUUCCCUCCGUUUACCGGGUGGUCUUCGAUUGGCGAUUUUGAACGAAACAGCGGGGUUCUAUGUUUAUGAAUUUCGAUCUCGAUCAAGGAAACACAAAAAAAUUUCCGGGCAGGGGCGUUGAAACUCGAAAUGAUAUUCGCCUCUGCUUUCCUACCACGGCAUGAGAUAUAGGCGUGUUAGAC